GACGCGCCUCCCUCCCGCAGCCCAGCCCCGCCAGCUCCUCUCUCCGCUGCCGCCACCCGCUCCGCUCGGGCCGGGUCCAGCCGGAGCAUGGAACCGGAGGAGCCCCGGGAGCUCCGCGAGCCCGGGCCGGGGGCAGAGACCGCCGCGGCCCCGCGCUGGGAGGAAGCCAAGACUUUCUACGACAACCUCACUUCCAAGAAGAAACCCAAAUCGCCCAAGCCUCAGAAUGCAGUCACCAUUGCUGUGUCCUCCCGGGCCCUGUUCCGCAUGGACGAGGAGCAGCGGAUCUACAUGGAGCAGGGCGUGGAGGAGUACGUGCGCUACCAGCUGGAACACGAAAAUGAGCCCUUCAGCCCCGGGCCGGCCUUUCCCUUUGUGAAGGCUCUGGAGGCUGUGAACAAGCGACUGCGGGAGCUGUACCCCGAGAGCGAGGACCUCUUUGACAUCGUCCUUGUGACCAACAACCAUGCUCAAGUGGGCGUCCGUCUCAUCAAUAGCAUCAACCACUAUGACCUGUUCAUCGAGAGGUUCUGCAUGACAGGAGGAAACAGCCCCAUCUGCUACCUCAAGGCCUAUCACACUAACCUCUAUUUGUCGGCUGAUGCAGAAAAAGUGCAGGAAGCCAUUGAUGAAGGGAUCGCAGCCGCCACCAUCUUCAGCCCCAGCAGGGACGUGGCUGUUUCCCAGAGUCAGCUGCGCGUGGCCUUCGACGGGGAUGCCGUGCUCUUCUCAGAUGAGUCGGAGCGCAUCGUGAAGGCCCACGGGCUGGACAGUUUCUUCGAGCACGAGAAGGCCCAUGAGAACAAACCUCUGGCCCAGGGCCCCUUAAAGGGUUUUCUGGAGGCGCUGGGCAGGCUGCAGAAGAAGUUCUACUCCAAGGGCCUGCGGCUGGAGUGUCCAAUCCGCACCUACUUGGUGACGGCCCGCAGUGCAGCCAGUUCUGGGGCCCGGGCUCUCAAGACCCUACGCAGCUGGGGCCUGGAGACGGAUGAGGCCCUGUUCCUGGCAGGAGCACCCAAGGGCCCCCUCCUGGAGAAGAUCCGCCCGCACAUCUUCUUUGACGACCAGAUGUUCCACGUGGCUGGGGCUCAGGAGAUGGGCACCGUGGCGGCCCAUGUGCCUUAUGGCGUGGCGCAGACCCCCCGGCGGACCACACCUACGAAGCAGGGCCCCUCUGCCCAGUAGCUGAGCCACCAGCUUCACUGACCACAUGGCUCCAGGCAUGGCUCCCUGUCACAUGUGUCAUCCAGUGGCCCCUUCCAGUUCCCCACCACCCUGCCUGUCUGCAUGUCCGCCUGCAUCGCUGAGAGUGAGGUACUUGUAGGAAAUUAUGCAGACUGAGCCGGCAUUGUCACCAGCCCUCCUUUUAGGCAAACGCUGUGCCAUGAUCCUGGCUAGGAAAGUAAGACUGUGCAGAGUAGCUGGGUUUCAGGGGGAAGUUGAUGGGCCUGAGAGUGGGAGGGUCAGAGCAGCCAGGAUGCCUCAAAAGGGGGGUUAUGAGACUAGCUCAGUGUAGUAUAAAGAACGCUGCUUGGAGAAAAAAGGGAUCUGGCUUCUAAGCUCUGUCUUGGCAUUCAGUGCAUGACCUUAAGUUCCCUUGCAAAGGACUCCAGGAUGAGGUGACCUCUCCCUGUGGUGCACUGGCUAGCUCUCCACCCCUGCAGGAGCCCCUGCAACCUCUUUGUCACCACUUCCAGGGGAGAACUCUCACUGCUUGAUGAGUCAGUUUCCCCAUCUUUUAGGUGGUUUUCAAACUCUCCUUUAGCUACAGAAGCUUGGUUUUCUAAGAUUACCCUCUUGGGAGGAAGCAUUCUGGGCCAGGGCUGCUCCUGGUAUAUUGGCACCUUGGUACAAAUUACAGAAGGACACUGUCUCCAGAAUGAUCAUGAAAAGACGGCCCUUCCUCUGGGUGACCCAGACCAUGCUGGGGUACCCAGCUUGGUUAGCAGGACAUAGGCGAGAUUUCAGCCCCUACUGACGCCUCAGCCCAGAGGCCUUUGUCAAAUGGGCAAGACGCACGGUCAUCCACAGCAACCUUCCCUACAAUUUUACACGUUUGGAAACCACUGGACAAGAUGACCUAUCUGCUUCCUGCCAUCCCCUCAUCUGAGUCCUCAGGGGUCCGCUGCCUAGUGCGGGGUGGCGGG